CCGCGGUGGACUCGGAAUAGGCCCGGAGGGAGGCGGUUUGCACGACCACCAGAGCCAGGCCAUGGAGCUCGGGGAGUCGGGGAAGGAAAAACCCAUGUGAACUCUAUGGAAGAGAUGGACAUGCAGGGUUCCACCAGAGAGAAAGGACAGUACCUGCCACCUCAAAAGAAAGCUUGCCAUGCUCACUUCAGUACAGAGAGCAUCACACCCGAGGAAGACUGGACAGGAGGAGACAAGAAACCCCCAAAGCCCCGCUCUAUCCAGAAGUCGUGGUUUACAAAGUUUCCAUGGUUGAUCAUGAAUGAGGAACAGACAGCUCUGUUUUGUGCUGUCUGCCGGGAAUAUCCAUCUGUCAGGGACAGGAGGUCGCGAUUAAUAGAAGGCUACACGGGACCGUUCAAGGUGGAAACUCUCAAAUACCACGCCAAGAGCAAGGCCCACAUAUUCUGUGUCAAUGCCCUGGCCGCCAAAGACCCCGUCUGGGCAGCCCACCUUCAGAGUCUCAGGGACAGUCCUGCAGAUAUCCUGGCCAGCCCUGAACACCCCCACACCACAGAUGACCCCACAUUCUACCUGCCAGGGCCUCUGGGGGACUUUGAUGGUCCAGAUGAGCUCCUGUCUAGCCCAAGAGCUGAACCAGAGGACGCUUCAGGGAGUAGAGCCAUCCCUGCAUUGUAUUUAGACUGCGAGUCAGAUCUGAGGCAAAAAGAAAUUGGCAGAGACAUCCUCAGUCCCUCAAAUAGCAGCACAUUAUUUAAGGACAGUAUUGAUUUCUGCAGCCAGAUGUUACCUAGUGAUUCCUACUGUGGAGGAUGAAGACAUGGCCUCU